ACGCCAAAUAAAUCUAUAAAUACCGCUAUGAACACAAACCUAGGUAUUCCACAUUAAGCACGAAUACCAUUGUAAUUCAUUUAAAACCCCCUCAAAAAUCUCCCAAUCUAACUUGGUUGCAAAAAUGGCCAAUCUGAAGCUUUUCUCUGUGCUUUUGGUCUUCCUUCUCAUUUCCAUGCUCGCCACCGAGACUUUGGCAAGACACUAUCAAUAUGGGAAUGGGACUUUGAAGAUCUACCAAUGCCCAGGACGAUGUGCACAAAGGUGCUCGAAGGCUAGAAAAACCCACGAAUGCAUGUUCUUUUGCAUGAAGUGUUGCCGAAAAUGCCUUUGUGUUCCACCAGGUACCUAUGGUUACAAAUUUCUUUGUCCUUGCUACAACAACUGGAAGACCAAGAGGAAUACCUCCAAGUGCCCUUAAUUGGAAUUCGAUACUCUCCUAUUAAUUAAUUAUGUCCUCCUUAAUUUAGAACAGGAAGGCUAUUAUUGCUAAUAUCUUUUACUACUGCUUUAUGCUUUACUUUGAGGAAUUGUACUAAGUUUUAGUACUUAACCUUUUUUUCCUUUUUUGUGAUUUUUGAAUUGUAAUCUUUAUGAGUCAGUAUUUCAUUGGCUUUAUUAUCCCACUGCUCCAUUGGGGGGUUUGAAGAGGUGAUGUAAACCCCACGAUUGAGAGCGUUAUUGGGCAUAAAGUUUUAGCCAUUAUGUGUUCUACGUUUGGCAAUUACAAUGCCUGGUUAAUUAUAAUAAGAUAUUCAUAUGUUUUCUUA